AAAUUGGCUUACGGAACAGCCGGAUUUAGAAUGAAGGCAGAUUCUAUUCUUGAUAGAGUUGUUUUCACUGUCGGAUUGUUGGCUUGUUUGAGAGCAUUGGAUAAGAAGGAAUCUGUUGGUGUGAUGAUUACUGCUAGUCACAAUGGAGCACAAGAUAAUGGUGUAAAAUUGGUAGAUCCUACAGGUGAAAUGUUAGAAUCUACUUGGGAAGAAAAAGCUGUUCGUUUGGCUAAUUGUAUUCAUGACGCCAAGUUGAUGAGCGAAAAAUUUGAUGAAUUGGUUUCGGAAUUGAAAUUGGAUUUAACUAAACCAAUCGGAAAGACUUUGUGCAUUUCUGUUGCAAAGGAUACUAGAACUAGUAGUGAUAGAUUGGUUUCAAGCUUGAAAACAGCUGUUUCUCUCUUUGAAAAUUUAGGAAUUGUUCACGUGGAUUAUGGACUCAUGAUUACUCCACAACUUCACUAUAUGGUCAUGUUGACUAAUCAUCAUGAGGAAACUAAAUCAUUCCUUAAUGAAAGUAUUUAUUAUCAAGAUAUUUCCAAUGCUUUCAAUUUAUUAUACAGAGGAGGUGAAAAGGAAAUUACUAUGGAUUGUGCAUUUGGAGUUGGAGGAAAGAAAAUCAAACAAUUACAAUCAAGUUUAAAGGAUGUUAAAUUUACUCUUGUCAAUGAUUAUGAAACUGUAGGAGUUGAGGAAUCACAAAAAUAUCUUAAUCAUGAUUGUGGUGCUGAACAUGUUCAAAAGCAAAAGGCUGUUCCAAUCAAUUGUGAAAAUUUCAAGAGUGUUGCCAGUAUUGAUGGAGAUGGUGACAGACUUGUUUAUUUCUUUAGAGAUGAACAAAAUGAAUUGGUCUUGUUGGAUGGUGAUAAGAUUGCCACUCUCUUGGUUAAAUUUAUUGGUGAAUUGUUGACCAAGACUGGACUUUUGGAUCAAUUAAUUGUUGGUGUUGUUCAAACAGCAUAUGCUAAUGGUUCAAGCACAACCUAUUUGAAGCAAAUUCUUGGAGAACAACGUAUUUUCUGUGUUCCAACUGGUGUCAAAUACCUCCAUCAUAAGGCUAAAGAACUCGAUGUUGGUAUUUAUUUUGAAGCUAAUGGACAUGGUACUGUUAUUUUCUCAGAAAAGGCCAAUAAGGCAAUUAAUGAAAUGUACAAUAGAAGCACCACACAAGGAGGUGAAAGUAGUGAAUUUGUUCAAGCCAUCUCUGACUUGUUUGCCCUCACCAAGUUGAUUAAUCCAACAGUUGGUGAUGCUUUCAGUGAUUUACUCGUUGUUGAAGUUGUUUUGGGUUAUUACGGCUGGAGUUAUGUAGAUUGGGAUAAGAAUCUCUAUACUGAUGUUCCAAGUGUUCAAGACAAGUUAAAGGUCAAGGACAGAACUAUUAUUAAGGUUUCAGCAGACGAAACUCAAGUUGUUUCUCCAGAAGGUAUUCAAAACAAGAUCAAUGAAUGUGUUUUAAAGGUCAAUAAGGGUCGUGCUUUUAUUCGUCCAAGUGGUACUGAGGACGUUGUGAGAGUUUAUGCUGAA